UCCUUGGCUACACAAAAAAAAUUUAAUCUGUACUUUUUUCAGUGAAGUGAUUACCAGUGGUUAGUUGAGUAUGAAGCGCAGUUGACCAACUACCCCCUUCUUCCCCACCUCUCUCUCUCUCUUCAAUUUCUUCUGCAAUUCGAUCACAACUCUCUGUAAGGAUUCAAGGCCGCAUCAAUUUUAUCACUACGAUGCAUAAACCCCUUUCAUUCGUCCCUUUAUUACUUAUUUAAUGCCCCAACCCCAAACAAGCAACAAUUAAACCUGAUCCUGAUUUUAAAAUUCAAUAAACUCGCAAACCCCAUGGGUUUUUCACGAGCUCUGAUGCUUUAAUUCCUGGUUUCUGGUACUUUUCGAAUACUACUUUAAUUUCGUAUUGUAGUAUUUUUCUGCCAUUGAUUUAAGUUGGGUAGUGAGUAGUGAAGUUCUCGAACAGUCACGCGCUCCAGGCUGGAAUAAUUCUUUGUAUUGUCUGUUUAAUUUCAUAGUUGUUGGUUAAUUUAAUCCAUGUUUCUGAUUUUGGUGUGGCGAAAUUGAGGCGCAACCCACUUCAAUUUCGCCGCUUUAGAAGCAAAACCUCAUCUUCAAUUCUUCAAUUUUGGAUAUAACAAAAAAGGCAAUGUCUAUUAUAUGUGGGCUGCCUCUUAUCGAGUGCGUAUACUGCAUAGCAUGCACGAGAUGGGCGUGGAAGCGAUGCUUACACACCGCGGGCCACGAAAGCGAAACGUGGGGGAUCGCGACACCCGAAGAAUUCGAACCAGUCCCUCGCCUCUGUCGGUACAUAUUAGCUGUAUACGAGGAUGACCUGAGGAACCCUCUUUGGGAGCCUCCGAGAGGGUACGGUAUCGAUCCAGAUUGCCUGAUUAUGAAAAAGGAUUACGUGGAUACAGGGGGGCAAGCACCCCCGUACUUGUUGUACCUCGAUCACGGCCAUGCGGACAUAGUUCUUGCGAUUAGGGGGUUCAAUUUGGCGAGGGAGAGUGAUUAUGCGGUUUUGCUUGAUAACAAGCUCGGUAAGAGGAAAUUCGAUGGAGGGUUUGUUCACAAUGGGCUUUUGAACGCGGCUGAAUGUGUGUUGAAUGCAGAGUGUGAUGUUUUGAAGGAAUUGGUUGAGAAGUAUCCGAAGUAUACGUUGACUUUUACGGGGCACUCUUUGGGGUCGGGUGUGGCGGCAUUGUUGACAAUGGUGGCGGUGCAGAAUCUUGAUAGGUUGGGGAAUAUUCCGAGGACGAGGGUUAGGUGCUACGCUAUUGCUCCUGCUAGGUGUAUGUCACUUAAUUUGGCCGUCAGAUAUGCUGAUGUCAUCAACUCGAUCGUUCUUCAGGAUGAUUUUUUGCCUCGAACAGCCACCCCGUUGGAAGAUAUAUUCAAGUCUCUUUUCUGUUUGCCAUGCUUAUUAUGCCUGAGGUGCAUGAAAGAUACAUGCACAUCGGAGGAGAAAAUGCUCAAAGAUCCCAGAAGGUUAUACGCACCUGGUCGACUUUAUCACAUUGUCGAGCGAAAACCCUUCAGAUGUGGAAGAUUCCCUCCAGUUGUAAGAACAGCUGUACCGGUGGAUGGAAGAUUCGAGCACAUAGUUCUCUCUUGUAAUGCCACGUCUGACCAUGCCAUUAUCUGGAUAGAGAGAGAAGCCGAAACGGCUCUAGAAUUGAUGAGAGAGAAAGACCACACGUUGGAAAUUCCAACGAAACAACGAAUGGAGCGGCAAAAAUCAUUAGCCAAGGAACACAGCGACGAGUACAAGGCUGCUUUACGUAGGGCCGUUACUUUGUCUGUUCCUCACGCCUUUUCGCCUUCUCAGUAUGGAACGUUUGAUGAAAGAAACGACAAUGAAGAUCUCAACAAUCGGAUUUUGAGGACAGAAUCAUUGGCCAAUAGAGAAACAUGGGAUGAACUGAUCGAACGUUUUUUCGAGAGGGACGAGCCUGGUCACAUGGUGCUGAAGAAACCACUCGUUGCUGAUUGAUCAAAAAGCAUUAGCAACAUUCUUUCAUUCUAUUUUUGUUUGUAUUCUUUGUAUUGUUUAUUUUAUUUUUUGUUGUUAUGUCAGAGGAAGAGUAGAAUGUAGUAUAGAUAUUUGUUGUAGUUUUAGUGGAUUAAUCAGUUGUAAUCAGAAUAAAUCAUUUGAAUAUGAAACAACUGAAAUGUUGGGCAAACCCAAUUAGAAAAAUUGUAUUUGUUUUCUAA